AUGAACGAACCCUCUGGAUCAACAACCCAUUCCGAUUCAAUUAUGGAAUCCAUAAUUGACAAGGAUAAUUCCUCUUCUUCACAUUCACCAUAUGAUUCUGGUCUAAAUUUCAAUCCUCAUGAAGACACGUUUCGAUCCGCCACAAAUUCACAGCAACAAAUUAAUUCUAAUACUAUGAAAUCUCCGCAUCAUCCAAACAAAUUGUUGACAGCCCUACCCCCCUCUCCACUACACAACAACACGACCUAUCAUCGAAGAACUCAAUCAGAAUUUAUCAGUGGUGGCGGUGGUACAGGCAGUGAUGAUACCACUCCUCCUCCUGCUGCGAACAAUUUUUCAACCACAACAACAACAACGUUGAGCAUUGAAAACUCUCAAGAUGUCAAUACUCCCAACAAUGAACAUUCUAUGGACAGCAGUCAUGACACUGCAAUAAUGUCCAAUCAGCAAGUAGUACAACACUCAAUGAUGAGCACAACCGUUCGAUCAGAACCUCUCACUCUUUCACAGCAACAACAACACAAUAGCUCAACAACAAAUCCACCUUCUUCUUCUUCUUCAUCUGUACCAUUUCAUCCUUCAGGCAAACAUCGAAAAAAACAUUUUUCAUUAUUUGAAAUGAAUUCACCUUCCAUGAUGAUGAUGAAUGCUCAGCAACAUGUAAAUCUCACACCAUCUUCUUUGAUUUUUUAUACUCCAACCACUAGAAAGAGAUUAAAUCAUGUAGAAUUUAUUAAGAAUAGUGGAAUUGAGAGUAGUGGUGGUGCUGUCAGUGUCACUAAGAGUCCAAUUCUUUCAACAGAAAACAAUCAUUCUGUAGAGAGUAGUACCAUGAGUCAUCUUAAUCCUCACUCAUCCAUGCGAACCACACCUUUCGUUUCAACCUUGGAUGCUUCUUCUCCAAAUCAUUUAGAAACGAGUCCUUUCACUCCAAAACAACAUAGAACUGUUAGUGCACAACAUAACAACCCAACGAAAUCAAUUCCAUCUGCUCAUGUGAAUCAUCAUUACACACUUGAAGAAUUUCCAAUUCCUGAUUUUUCUAAUGUGAAAAAACAUAAUCAUAUUACUUUUGAUCAAAAGUUCAAUCAUCUCCCAAAUGGUCAUUCCAAUGUUUCUACAACCACUCAUGAACUCUCCUCAUUAUUACUCUCAUCACUACCAACAGCAUCAACACAACAACAACACUCCUAUGCAAGUCCUCUUCCCUCAGUUUCUGAUUUAUUAGUAGAGGCCUCUCAAGAAUCUUCAAAAGAAAAUACAGUGGUAAUCGGACCUUACACGGUAUUCAUUGAUUCUGAAUAUUCUUUGAGUGCUUCCUCUGUCCAAUUGGAUGGAAUUUUUUCAAUUCAUGACGAUACUGGACUCGAUGUUCCGAAAGGAGCUCUUUCUGCAGAAAAAUACUUUUAUGAAGGUUUUCACACAACCACGAAUGAGAAAGUCAAUGUCAUUAGCCAACUGGUUGACUCUAACUAUGUGGAAGCUUAUCGAGAGAAAUCCAAAAGAUUACUAUUGCUUGAUAAUAAUGUGACAGGAAUUAUUCAAUUGUUGGAUGUUGCUGAAAUUCAAUUGACAAAUGCCAUGCAAACAACUGAAGAAGAAAGUGAAAUGAACAACAAGGAAUCACUUUCUGCUAAUUCUUCUUCGGCAGGAUCUAUAUUUUACAUUUUUGUAGAACCUUGUCUGCUCAUGCACAAAAUUAUUCAAAAAACAAAAAUUGAAGAAAAGAAGUUCUCGUAUCCAAUUUUACUGGAAUGGCUUUCUCAGCUUGCAGAUGGUUUGGCUAAUAUUCACGAACAUUUAUCUACAGUUCAUGGAAAUAUUAAUGUCAAUUCAAUUUUCUAUUCCAAGAAUGAAGAAUGUAUGAAAAUUGGAAACAUGUUGUUACUCACACCUGAAAUGAGAAGACGUUUAAGUGAACCAAAAUCACCAUUUCCAGAAGCAAAUGAUUUUAAUUUUAGUACUUAUCGGUCAAACACUUCAUUCACACCACUAGAUUUGGGAGAAAAACCAAGAUAUGACAUGAAAACAGAGGUUUGGCUCUUUGGAAUUCUCACCAUUACGAUUAUUACGAUGAAAAAUAUGAAUGUCAUUAUUAAUAGCUUUCUCGAUAACGAUCAAUCCUUUGUUUCCUCUCUUUUUCAAAUCAUUAGCAAGCAAUAUAAUGACAGAUUUUGUGCAUUGAUAUGGAGAGCAUGUCAUUCAGAUCCGUUAUGUCGACCAACCAUGCGUGAAUUGUGUUAUCAACUUGGUUUACUUAAAAAGUAUAGAAGUAUUUCAGGAUCCACAAGUUCAACACGAAAUUCUAUCAUUGAAAGCGAUGUGAAUCAAUAUCAGAAACAUCUCGAGGAUAUUCGAGUGAAUAUGGAACUAGGUUCAAUAUUGGGAGAUUUAUAUGGAGGAGAAGAAGGACAAUUUGCUGAACAAAAACUUCAUUCUAGAAAUAGUAAUAGCUAUGAUAUUUUACCACUUUGUACAUCUGAUGGGCCAGCUGUUCUUUCAUCUCUCAUUUCCAUUGGUCGAACGAUCAUGAGAUUUGUAAACAAACAUUACAAAAUCAAAGACAAGAAAAAGAAAAAGAGCAAACUAAUACUUGUGAAAAACAAAAUCAAAAAGUUCACAAAGCAAGAAAAGAUGGACUCUGAAUCUCGAAGAUUGAGUAAGAAAACUCUUGAAGAAGAAUUACAACUUCGAAAUCAUACACGAGUAUUUGAACAUCAGGAAGAAGUGGAUCUCAAAAUCAUGCAAACCAAAAUUGCAAGCCAAUAUCGUAUCAUCUCAAUCAUUGGAAGUGGCAGCCAAGGAACUGUCAUUAAAGCGUUUGAUAUCAAGAAUAAUAGACAUGUUGCAAUCAAACGAAUUCGAAUGAAAGACAAUAAUGAUACUUUACUUGCUGCUAAAGAAAUAAGCUCCAUGUUUUCUCUUUCAGAAUGUGAAAAUAUUUGUAAAAUUUAUAAUUGGUUCAUGUAUUGUGAAAAUAGAGAAGAUAAAAAGACGAUGGACCAGGGAAGUCCAAAUCUCUACGAAAGUGAAGAAGACACAGAAGCUGAAGAUGAUGAAGAUGACGAUGAUGAAUAUGAUUUCAAAGAUUAUGCCAAUGAAACAUGGUACAUUUCGAUCGUGAUUGAAUACUGUUCAGAAGGUGAUCUACGAAAAGCAUUGAGAUAUUGUCGAGAUACUAAUACUUAUUUCAAAAACUCGAUUGUGAAAAAUUGGCUUACCCAACUCGUGACAGCUGUGGAUUAUAUUCAUCGUAAAAAUCUCAUGCAUCGAGAUAUUUCAUUGAAGAAUAUAUUUCUUCAUACCGAUAACAAAAAGAUUCUUGAAGAGUCCACUUCAGUGCAUUCAUUGGGAACCUCUUCUUCUUAUUUUGAUCAUUGUAUUGUGAAAUUGGGAGAUAUGGGUCUAUCCAUUAAGCUCGAAGAGUUAAAUGGAAAAAACGCUCAAUGGGGAACAAGAAGAACGAUGGCUCCUGAACAACGACUUGGAAAACGUUACGAUUGUUCAGUAGAUAUUUGGAGCAUGGGUUGCAUUGCUUUAGAAAUGGUUUCUCAAUAUCAUCUCUCUUCAAAAAAAGGUGGAGCAUUUGAUGAUUUGAGACAUGUGGAUUAUUAUGCUGAAAUUAAGAAUAAUCCAAAUUAUUUGAAUGAAGUGUUAAAACCAUUGGAACAUUACUAUGACGAUAAUAUUAUUCAAUUUAUUAAGAGUUGCAUUGUCAUUGAACCAUGGAAGAGAGCAACCACACAACAAUUAUUCAAUUUACUUCAUCAAGAUAUUCGAUCAGUGGAAAAUGUAGAAAUGCAUUACGAUGAAAGUUUGGAAGAAUUUAGACCUUCUCCUUUUCCUUCCGUCAAACAUGAAGGUGUGAAUCAUUCAGCAAACCCUUCGAAUAUAGGUCCUAUAUUACAACGAUAUGAUUCCAAACCAUCCAUGAUGGUGAGUAAUGCUAGUAUUCUCUCCAAUCUAGCUCUGUUAAAAGCAGAAAUGAAUAAGGAAGGUUCAGAUCUGAAACCAGCCGUAGAAGAUUAUGCUUCACAACAACAACAACAAACGAGAAGACUUUCAGGUAAUCCAGUGUUUAUUGAACUUGAAAAUUCAAAUCGAAAAUAUGUCAAACCAGAACCAAAGGGACAAUCCAAUAAUGGAAAACUAUCAGCUUCUUUGAGUGUGGACAGUAAGGAUGUUCUCACUAGUUACAGUUUAUCCAUGUUUUUCAAAGAGAUUGAGGUUGAAGAAAAACAUGAAAAAGAGACAAGAACGAAUGAAAUCAAAUUAAGCAAUGAUCAUUUUACAUCAUUUAUGAAUAAUAAUCCACAUUACAAUGAUCCUCAUGCAUCAUCAUCAUCAUUACCUGAAGAAUUUUCAAGUCAAGUGAAAAAGGGACAUGAAAAUAAUCUUCACAAAUUACUUCAAAAACCAAUUAUGGAAUGGACCACUUCCGAUGUUGGUAUUUGGUUGAUUUCUAUUGAUUUUAGCAAAUUUGUUGAAAAUUUUCAAUCGCAAAACAUUACAGGAAAAGCGUUAUUACUCAUACGAGAAGAAGAUAUGAAAGAUGUUGGAUGUGUAAAACUUGGUGACAAAUUAUUAUUAUGGAAUAUGAUACAAAAUUUGAAACAAUUGAAUGAAAAGAGAUUCAAGAAGUGA